AGUCCAUGCGCUAAUACCCCGAUAAAAGGCAUUGAAAAAGAAAGGGAGUUUGCGACAAGGUUGCACACUUUAUCCCUCCUCAGGGACAAAAGGCCCGACAUAACCUAACCUCGAGACACGAGACUGCAAGCGAAGAAGGAAGAUCGUCGUUGUCUUCCUCCGGCAACGUUCAGUCGGUGUGUCUGAUUAUUUUUGUGGGUUUUAGAGAACCAUAUUUUAAAAUGGGUGGAUCGGUAAAGGAUGUUCAGUCCAAAGGAGAGUUGGACAACGUUGUCCGGAGUGGAGCACUGGUCAUCGUGCAUUUCUGGGCCUCCUGGUGUGAAGCUUCUAAGCAUAUGGACCAAGUCUUUGCCCAUCUCUCCACCGAUUUCCCUCAUGCCCAUUUCUUAAGGGUUGAGGCUGAAGAACAGCCUGAGAUAUCGGAGGCUUAUUCGGUUUCUGCCGUACCCUACUUUAUCUUCUCCAAGGAUGGUAAGACUGUCGAUACAUUGGAGGGGGCAGAUCCAUCUAGUUUGGCCAAUAAGGUUGCCAAAGUUGCUGGGUCAAUUCAUGCUGGAGAACCUGCUGCUCCUGCCAGCCUUGGUAUGGCUGCAGGACCCACGAUCCUUGAGACAGUUAAAGAGUUGGCAAAAGAAAAUGGAUCUUCCCAAGUGGAAAACAAAGUCCAAACUGGCCUUACCAGUGCAUUGAAAAAGCGAUUGCAAGAGCUGAUUGAUUCUCAUCCAAUAAUGCUGUUUAUGAAAGGAAACCCUGAAGAGCCUAGGUGUGGAUUUAGCAGAAAAGUUGUUGAUAUUUUGAAGGAAGAAAAGGUCAAAUUUGGUAGUUUUGAUAUCCUAUUGGACAAUGAAGUUCGUGAGGGGUUAAAGAAGUAUUCUAACUGGCCAACCUUUCCUCAGCUCUAUUGCAAAGGGGAGCUUCUUGGUGGGUGUGACAUAGCAAUUGCAAUGCAUGAGAGCGGUGAAUUAAAAGAAGUUUUUAUAGACCAUGGAAUUAAUCCAAGUGAGCCUGAACAAGCAAAAGUCGCUGAAGUUGGAAGUGGAAAGGGUGGUAUCUCAGAAACUAAUGGCUUGAGUGCAAGUCUAACCUCUCGACUUGCAAGCCUAAUUAAUACAAACCCAGUUAUGCUAUUUAUGAAGGGAAAACCAGAUGAACCAAAGUGUGGGUUUAGCCAGAAGGUAGUUGAAAUCCUUAGGCAGGAAAAGGUUGAUUUUGAUAGUUAUGACAUUCUUUCUGACGAGGAAGUCCGUCAGGGGCUCAAGGUUUAUUCCAACUGGUCCAGUUAUCCCCAGCUAUAUAUUAAGGGUGAACUAAUUGGUGGAUCAGACAUUGUACUGGAGAUGCAAAAAAGUGGGGAACUUGGCAAGGUUUUAACUGAGAAAGGGAUUAUUCAGAAAGAAACUCUUGAAGAUCGUUUGAGGAAAUUGAUUAUUUCUUCGCCUGUAAUGCUCUUCAUGAAAGGUACACCAGACGCUCCUAGAUGUGGUUUCAGUUCCAAAGUUGUUAAUGCCCUUAGAGAGGAGGGUUUGAAUUUUGGGUCCUUUGAUAUUUUGACUGAUGAGGAAGUGAGGCAGGGGCUUAAAGUCUUCUCCAACUGGCCAACCUUUCCUCAGCUUUACUACAAAGGGGAGCUGAUAGGAGGUUGUGAUAUCGUUUUGGAGUUGAAAAGCAACGGUGAACUUAAAUCUACCCUGUCAGAGUAAAACAUUUACUAUUUUGUCAGAAAUUCUGGAGCUCAUUUUCAUAUUUAGUGUUGGAAUGUCUAUUGACAUUAUACAUGUUCCAAAUGUUUGCUUUAGAAUAGUAUUUUAGCAACUUGAUACAGCUUUUAGUAUGAUAAAGGUCUGCAGACAAAACGUUAUAUAUGUACUACACUGUUUGAUGGUUUUUACAUUUUUCCUUUUGGUUC